UACAUUGUGUUAUGGAGUUUAUAAAAUGGAGCAGGAAUAAGAACAAUAAACAAAAUUUAGUGAUAAGUUAUGGAACACUUAGUUAUAUUGCUGAUAAAUUCUUAGAGGCAUUAUUGGGCUUGGAAUAUAACAGAAUUCAUGGCCAUGAGGAGCAAGGUAACAAUUUUACCAACCUUCUAAGGAUAGCACACGAUUUGUAA